AUUGCCAUCCAUCACAUCCUCUCCCACCUUACUCAAGCUAGUGCGAGCAUAGCAAUGGGGUUCGCCCGGAAGAGUGGAGUUGCAGUAGGGGUUUGGUGGCUCCUCCUGCUCGCCGGCGUGCUGUUGCCAGCCACCGCAUUUGGCCGGCACGCCGAUGCCGGCAAAGACAUGUGCGACAUCAAGUGCCAGCAUCACAGCGACCCGGCCAGGAGGCAGCAGUGCGUGGAUGAGUGCCAUAGCCGGGAGCACCAUCACCCUAGCAGAGAGUUUUGCGAGAUGAAGUGUCAGCACCACCAGGACCCUGCAAGGAAAGAGAUCUGCGUACAGCAGUGCAUGAGCUAUGGUCUCAGCCUCCGCCGUGCGAGUGCCGGUGUUGAUGAGGGUGAAAAGCGCUUCCAUGGCUGGGAAACGACGGUGGCCGGAGGAAUCCUCGAGGUGGUGUGACGACGUACGACGUUAUAUAACAGUACGUCUUAAUUAAUAAAAUAAGCUACACCCGCGUUUCCCU